GCUUCUCUUUUCCUUUUCGUUCAAGCUGUUUCCUCACCUCUAACAGCUCACAUCGUCCCAAACUCUGCUUCACGCUCAAGCGCAAAUUUAUUAAUUGUAGCAGCCCUUCCUUACAAGACUCAUUCGAUUUGUUAUUCUGCGUGGAUACCAAUUGCACGCUGUUGCAUUUCUCGUUUGCAUAUUCCCACGCUACGUUCAAAGCACGAAUGUAUCUCGACAUCAUUAUCAUAGCCACUAUUUCCUUUUGUAAUAUUACGACACGCAUACCUCCUACUCCCUCCACACUGCACUGACACCGUUGCGUCUGUUGAUAGAAGAUGCUCUUAGCUAUAUUGAUUAUUGUGGCGUCUGUCACCCUCUUCUUGUUACUCUUCAUCUAUCUCUUUCGAGUUUACAAGAGCCUCAAGGUACGGCAUCAGAAACCAAUCAUAUCUCCUGAUGCUAUCCCACCAGAGUUAGAACAGCAUCAUGAAUUAGCCUUCGUCCUUGCUCAUGGCGUUGAGGCCUACAACGAACAAAGACGAGAGAGACAACAACAACAGAGACAACAGAGACAACAAACUAGACCUCAGUCGGGAACAACAGGGGAGCAUGAUGAUGACACUGCAAGCGCUCAGAGUAGCCAGCCCUCCAUCACUCCACUUCCACCAUACUCACCUACUCCUACCAAUGGUGAUAUUGGUUAUGGCUGGAUAGCCACCAAUCCUGGUCUCUUUGACACGCCAGUCCUGAUAAGCGAUCCAUCGGCAAUAUCUGGGCCCAUGCAUCCCUUGGAAAACUCUCUUCCACCCAUGUAUAUUUAUCCGGCACCUAACACUCGGUCGUCUGCUCAGACUGCACUUCUGACCACAGAUAACUCACCUUCCGUGACUGUAACAGCGCCAUCUGCCUCCAGAAGCAACCCAUAUUGCCCCCAAUCCAAUCGACGAGAAACCCGGAGGCGGAGCGUCGCCAGUGGGAUUCUUACUCGAAGAGGUAGAAGCCAGAGCAACCAAAGGUCCAUGUCAUUAACCUCGGUUGUGUCUGCACCCCUAUCCGCAGCCAGCUUAACAAUAGAAACACCUGACACAAUGACAGCCACAGCUCUUUCGUUAGUGCCAACAUCAUCAUCACCAAUUCCCUCUCCCUCAGUUCAACAUUCACCUAGAAACUCGGAAAAUAUUGCUUUAUCUUUGUCUUACCGUGCACAGGCUGCACUAAUAGCAGAAACAUCACUAUCUAGUGCAGUGAAUGACCCUUCAACUACGCUUUCCUUAGAGACACCAUCCAUAGAUACUUAAAGUUGUAUAUAAAGUGAGCAAAGUGACCAGCUAUUCUAUCAAUAAAGCACAGUUCGCUCAAGG